GGAUGCGCCUGCGCCGCUCUGCGCAACCAGUGCUACGCCUGCUACGCGGCCAGGUUGCCUUAGGGCCUUCGCAGGCGGCUUCGAGUGCACAGAGUUCAACCGCCCCGAGGCCCUUUACGACCUCCAGCCACCCUCCAUUGUCGUUUGGUGGACGAGGGGGCCAGACCAUCGUUGAUGUCAACGACCUGGACAUUUUGAGUCCCGCGGAAGUGGGGAAAUUGAGCAUCAAGUUGUGGCAGUUCUUGAUUUCGGACGCGGAGAGUUUGAGAUUGUUUGCAGAGCAUGACAUUCCGCACUUUCUGCUUGCAGCUGGAGACAUGCCUCAAGGUUACUGCAGAUUCCUGCAGAAUGACCCUGCUGCGAUAGCCACCUGUGACUUCGAAGAGGGAGCACAAGAGAUUGAGCGGCAAAAUGUCAUUAAUUUGCAGCUCCUACAGAAUGUCCUGGAGGCCCCCACGGAAGCACAAGCGGUGCAGGCGCCCGAAGCGAAAGCGCUGAGGCAGCUGGCGGAGCUGGCCGUGGCCUUUGUGGAAAGCAAUUAUCAGCCCGAACUCCUGGCAUUUCGCCGUGCGCGGACGUUGGCAGACUUGAGUAAACCAGAGAGCUGGUAUCCCAGGAAGAAUCCACGGAACUGGCAUCUACAUCUGGGUGUCACGAACAGUGGGAAAACUUUUGGCGCGUUGCAAGAUUUGUUGGCUGCACCUAGUGGGCUCUACAUGGCUCCGCUGCGGCUGUUGGCAUGGGAAAUCUACGAGAAGAUGGGCAAGGCCGGACUCCGAUGUGCCCUGCUCACGGGGCAAGAGCGCCUGGGCCCGGAGAACGCAACACAUGUGGCGUGUACGGUUGAGAUGGCCCCAAUUACCAGACAUUGGGCAGUCGCUGUGUUGGAUGAGAUCCAACUAAUCUCCGAUGAUCAGCGGGGUAGCGCCUGGACUCGGGCCCUGCUGGGCAUCAGCGCGGAGCAGCUGCACAUUUGUGGGGCGAAUGAACCGAAGAGCCUGGAGACCCUUCUGCACGACUUGGCAGCCUCCUGUGGGGACCCUGUGGUGGAGGUGGAGCAUUUGAAGGAACGCUUGGUGCCAUUGAAGUUGCAGGAGGAGCCUGUGCGCGACUACUCCGAACUUGAAGCAGGUGAUUGUUUGGUCUGCUUCAGCCGUGCGGAAGUCUUGGAGGCAAAGAGCCGGCUGGAAGCUGUGGGGAAACGACCCUGCGUGGUCUAUGGAUCACUGCCACCGGAAGUGCGGCAAGAACAAGCUGCACUCUUCAAUGAUCCCAAUAGCGGGCAUGAUGUGCUAGUGGCAUCCGACGCCAUUGCUCUAGGCCUCAAUCUGCAGAUCCAACGUGUGGUCUUCCGUUCCACUUGGAAGUUCGACGGCCACGCCACGCGGCAGCUCACGUCCCCUGAGCUUCGGCAGCUGGCAGGCCGUGCGGGGCGCUAUGGCCUGACGUCGCUGGGGGUGGCAGCGUGCUGCCAAGGCGAUGAUUUGCCUGUUCUGAGGGAAGCUCUUGAGGGAGCCUCUCCUGCGCUCACGCCGCCCACACGUGCAGCUUUGCUUCCUUUGCCGGAGCAAUUGGAAGCCUUCAGCCUCUCCUUGGAAGCAGAUUUGCAGCGUCCUUUGCCAUUCGCGGAGCUGGUGGAACGCUUCCUUUCCAUCGCUCAGGUACCUGAAGACUUGUACUUCCUGGCGCAAGCCAAUCAUCUGAUUGCCUUGGCACGCUUUUUGGAAGAUCUUCGUUUGCCUCCACAGGAGAAGUUUGUUUUCUGCCAAGCACCUGUGGGACUGAGUGAUGUGGCUUCUCUCACGGCGCUCCACCGUUUCGCUCGCGAUUUUUCGUCCGGCUCAGUCGCGCUGCCCGCGGAGCUGCGCGAGCUGCUGUCGCAGAUGGCGGUGACGCCACGCCACAUGGCCGGAAGAUUCUGGAGAUGGAAAGUUUCCACAAGGUGUGCGAAACUUACCUGUGGUUGGCCGCGCGAUUUCCAAGCGCCUUUCCUGAUGUGGCGGCCGUGGAAGAGGUGCGGCGCCAUUUGUCCUCGCAACUGUCAAACGCCUUGCAACUGCCCUUGGAUCAUCACCUGGAAUGACCGCGGGUGCCUAUGGCCCUCCAAAAAUCGGACGUCCCGGGCCGGGCCGUGAUCCUGACGGUGAUGAUGUCCAGCCUCACCAAGCUGCUUCAUACUGGAGGCCAUCGCAUAGACUGAGCCAAUGCCCUAUGCUUUGGUUUCGUGGCGGACCCGUUGAACUCCGACAUCAAGCCCUUGGGCUGAAAAAGGUUGCCAUGGACUGGGUCUUG